AUGUGCUCCAACUGUGGCACAACCACAACUCCACUUUGGAGAAGAGCUCCUAAUGGCGAUACUAUUUGUAACGCUUGUGGAUUAUACCUCAAAGCCAGAAAUACUUUGCGACCACCUUCCAUGAAACGCUGUCCUGCAUUCAACCAACAUCAAGUCAAUCGACAUGCUUUAAUUUGCGCUAAUUGUCGAACAACAACCACACCUUUAUGGCGUCGUGAUGAAGCAGGCAACACUAUAUGUAAUGCCUGUGGUUUGUAUUAUAAACUCCAUGCUGUACAUAGACCAGUGAGUAUGAAACGGAGUGUGAUUAAACGUAGAAAAAGAAUCAUGGUCUCCGAAAACGGUGAGAUAGAUGGUGAGGACUUAGAUGAGUUGGAUUCCUCCAACGAUGAUGACGAUGAAGAAAAAGUGAAAGAGGCAGAAAAAAAGAUACGUCGAAUAUAUAACAAGAAGAAGGCCAAUAUACAAACAACUCAAGCAACAGUGCCUGCUAUUGAAGAUUAUAUUGUGCCAAAACGGACCCCGUUCUCCUUACCAGCACCCGUAUCCACAAGCACCACAAAGCGAUUUGACCCAUUGUUUGACUACCGAUCCAAUGUACAGUUGGCACCCAUCCUGAAAAACACAAACCCUUAUGGAGAUCUCGCUCAAUUCGACGAUGCCAUGACACGACUAGAAAGGCUAAGAAGAAGAGUACCGCCUGAACAAAACAAGGUACUUUCAAGACUGACCCAUUCGCUGCAAGAGAUUGUAUUACAGGCCGAAGACAUUUUAUCCAAUAGUUAAAAAAGGAUUUAUUAUAAUAAAAGAAAGAAUA